AUGGCAAGUCACGGCGAUCCAGCAUCUUCUCACCUUUACGAUGCCUUGGCGGACCUAGCGCCUCUGAAGGGCAGCGCCACGCACUUGUCGGAGCCGUUAAGUAAUCACCAAAGAAGGAAGCUCCUGAACCUCCAGGAUGAAUGUUUCCAGAUCCACAAUCAGGACGACCCGUCCACAAUGGCUGUCUGGUCUAAAGAGGUCGACGACUCUACAGUGAAAGAGGCGGUGUUUAUCGAGUUCAAAUCGUACCGCAACCACGACGGUGAUCGAGAUGACAAAGUGCGAGAUGAUGUCUUGAGACUCGGAAAGCUACUACACGAUCCGAAGACGCCGGUGCGGCUCCACACCAGAACCUGCUACGGCCUUACUGAGGAUAUUGACAAAGGACGCAUCGGAUUUGUGUACAAGCUGCCUUGGCGUCUCGACGUGAGGGGUUCCCAUGCCCAAAAAGCGAGAGCACUCACGCGUCAAAUGCCUUGCAGUCUCGAAUCGGUCAUCAAAACUGAGCAAGCGCCGCCCUUGGGUGACAGAUUUGGUCUUGCUAAGAAGCUGCUUGAGGGCGUCAUGUUAAUGCAUGCUACAGGAUGGGUCCAUAAGAAUAUCCGGUCAACCUCCAUCAUGUUCUUUCGGAAAUGUCCUGUGUCACGGAGCACACCCCCAUUCAACUGGGAAUCGCCGUAUCUUAUGGGGUGGGGCUUUUCAAGGUCAGAAAACUUUGUUGUUAAUGUUACCCGUGGGGGUGCAGAAGUGGGUGGCUCAACUCAGGAACAUCGUAUUGAGCUGGACAUCUAUCAGCAUCCUGACAAGCGGAUGGACCCAUACCGUCGAUACCAGCAUGCCUACGACAUCUAUUCGCUUGGUCUUGUGCUCCUCGAACUAGGACUGUGGAAAUCUCUGACGGCGACUUUACCCUCAGCCAUUAGGCGGCGCUACUACGCUGCGGAUGAUGAGCGCUUUCCGGAAGAUUACUUUUCAGCUCACGGGCAUAUCUUGAAACAUCUCCAGCCUCUGCUUGUCGCUCAAUGCGGAUCCAUCUAUGCAUCCGUUGUUAAAGCAAUGUUGAAUACCAAGUCGACGAAGUUGGAUAUUGAAAAACAGCAGCAGGCGGAGUCGUGCUUGAAGUUGGCUGCGGAGCUCUCUCGUUGCGUUGCCUAG